AUGCUAAAAAUCCUAAUUCCUACUUUAUUUCUUCUCCCCACAACCUGACUAACAUCAAGUAAAUGACUAUGACCCACUGCCCUAACGCAAAGCAUAUUAAUUGCCCUAGGCAGUAUUACCUGACUAAAUAAUACUACAGAUACCGGAUGGACUGCCCUUAACUCAUAUAUUGGCACAGACCCCUUAUCAACACCUCUACUUGUACUCUCAUGUUGACUCCUUCCACUAAUACUCCUUGCAAGUCAAAAUCAUCUCUCGUCAGAACCUAUAAACCGCCAACGUAUAUACAUCACCCUUCUUGCUACUCUGCAGCUUUUUCUUAUUUUAGCCUUUGGCGCUACAGAAAUAAUUAUAUUUUAUGUUAUAUUUGAAGCAACUUUAAUUCCCACUCUUCUAGUAAUUACCCGCUGAGGUAAUCAAACAGAACGGCUUAAUGCAGGGACUUAUUUUUUAUUUUAUACAUUGGCAGGAUCUCUACCUCUUUUAGUUGCACUCCUCAUACUCCAAAACAGCACAGGAACUUUAUCACUACUCAUUAUCCCCUACGCUAAGCCCCUUCUACUAAUACCCUUCGGUAGUAAAAUCUGAUGAGCUGCUUGCAUAAUCGCCUUCUUAGUAAAAAUGCCCCUCUAUGGUAUACAUCUCUGACUUCCUAAAGCCCACGUAGAAGCACCUGUUGCAGGCUCAAUAGUUCUUGCUGCUGUUCUGCUGAAAUUGGGCGGAUACGGAAUAAUACGACUGAUGAUUGUGCUUGACCCUCUCUCCAAAGAAAUAGUUUACCCUUUCAUUGUUCUUGCUCUUUGAGGUGUAAUCAUAACGGGCUCAAUCUGUUUACGCCAAACUGACCUGAAGUCCCUAAUUGCCUAUUCCUCUGUUAGUCAUAUAGGUUUAGUAGCAGGGGGAAUUUUAAUUCAAACCCCUUGGGGAUUUACAGGGGCUUUAAUUCUAAUAAUUGCUCAUGGCCUAGCCUCAUCAGCUUUAUUCUGUCUUGCUAAUACCAAUUACGAACGAACUCAUAGCCGGACAAUACUUUUAGCCCGAGGACUUCAAAUUGCUCUCCCACUUAUGACCACAUGAUGAUUUAUUGCUAGCUUGGCUAACCUCGCUCUUCCCCCUCUUCCUAAUCUAAUGGGGGAACUAAUAAUUCUCACCUCCCUGUUUAACUGGUCUGCAUGAACUCUAGUUCUUACCGGGAUUGGAACUUUAAUUACAGCUGCCUAUUCACUGUACAUAUUUCUGAUGAGUCAGCGAGGCCCUCUGCCUCAACAUAUACUCGCCCUCCCUCCCUCCUACACACGAGAGCACUUGUUAAUAGCCCUUCAUCUUAUCCCCCUUUUACUUAUUAUUCUUAAGCCCGCCCUUCUAUGAGGCUGAUUUGCCU